CCACAGGCCGCCGCGUCUGGACUGCCACACCUUGAACACGAGACCUUCUGAAUUGGCCGUCUGCUACGCUUAGAAAUUACUGGCUGUUCAGUGACAAACACUAUGGGGAUAUGGAACUGGAUGAGUAGGGUGCGGGAGCCUCAAUGCUGUGAAGAGGUUUCAGGGAGUCGUUCGAGCCAGGCCGAAUUUACAUUCCAAGCAGUUUCUAUAGGCCUGCUAAUAGGCUGCUUGCUGUGCUUCACGAACUUGUACUUUGGAUUGCAGACGGGAUGGAUUAGCAUGAUGUCACUUCAAUCCGCCCUGAUCGGUUUCCUGUUAUCCAAGAUGCUUCCAACCCCGCUGUCCCCGCAAGAGAUAAUCGUAGUGCAGACCACUGCAGUUGCAACCGGCACGAUGCCACUUGCAGCGGGGUUUGUUGGAAUUUUGCCUGCACUAGGUCUACUAGAGGAAGAAAAGGACGGGAGUCCGCCGAUUAAACUUUCGUGGCUGGCUGCCGUAGGAUGGUCAUGCUCAGUUGCGUUUUUCGGAGUAUUCUUGUCACCUCCCAUCAGAAAGCAAGUUAUCAUCAAAGAGCAACUGGCGUUCCCAUCUGGCACAGCGACCGCUCAGCUGAUUUCAGUCCUACAUCGAAUGCCCCCUCCUGACACAACGUUGCGACGCCGUUCCGGCUAUAGGGCAAUUGAUACAGAAGAUUUGAGAGAUCAAACCACUGUCACGGACGAACCUGAGAAUCAUCAGGAAGCCGCAGAGGACGACUUUGACGUACGUGACGAAAGAGAGGUUGUUCAGCGAGAAGGCUGGGAAGAUCUGCUCUUGAGUUUCCUUGCUUCCGGGGCAAUGACUCUCGCCGCGUAUUUUUUCCCGAUCGUCUUUGCGAUUCCAAUAUUCGGGAAGUACCUAGCCAGAGAAUGGCUUUGGUCAUUUACUCCUAGUUUGUCGUAUGUCGGUCAAGGCAUUAUCAUGGGUUUCCCAACCACCUUGAGCAUGAAUUUGGGCAUGCUUGUGGGUUGGGGUAUUCUAUCGCCUUUGUCGAAGUACUCUGGGUGGGCUCCUGGUCCAGUCGGCGACAUGUCUAUCGGCGCGCGUGGCUGGAUCCUCUGGGUUUCUUUGGCCAUUAUGUGUGCCGACUCCCUCGUUUCUCUUCUUCCUCUUGUCUAUGAGUGUUGUACCAAACUAGUGGCUUUGUAUGGACCAGCAAAGUCUGGAGACAAUGAAGAAACGCAGGAAGAUCAUGAAGUUGAAACUGCUGACCGACUUGUCCCAAUGAAGUGGGUCAUUAACGGUCUUAUAAGCAGCAUAUGCGUUGGGACGAUUUUGGUUUGGAUGGUAUUUGGGAAUGAUGGGAUCAAACCAUGGGCAACCCUCAUUGGUUUCAUGAUGGGUGGAUUGCUCAGCAUUCUGGGGGUGCGGGCAUUGGGGGAGACCGAUUUGAAUCCUGUGAGCGGACUUGGGAAGAUCUCACAACUUCUCUUUGCUUGGAUACAACCUGGCAAUGUGGUUGCAAACAUCAUCGCUGGAGGUGUUGCAGAAGCUGGCGCUCAACAAGCUGGAGACCUUAUGCAAGACCUCAAGACUGGCCAUCUAAUACGUGCUUCCCCGAGAGCUCAAUUCUAUGGUCAACUUAUCGGAUCGUCAUUAUCAAUCAUUGUUUCAGCGACGGCCUAUACCCUAUACCAGCGAGCGUAUACGAUACCUGGUCCCUCUUUUCCUGCACCGACUGCGUACGUUUGGCUCAGCCUGGCUCGCCUUCUCCGAGAUGGACAACUUCCUCAAAAUAGCGCCUCCUUCAUGGUGCUGUUUUCAAUAAUCUUCGGCGUCAUCGCAGCUGUCAAAGUCAUGGCUACACAACGCGCGCACCCCUAUACAAAGUGGAUCCCUUCUGGCAUCGCAUUCGCUAUCGGCUUUCUCAACACCCCAUCUUUCUCUUUGGCACGUUUGAUCGGCGGGAUCAUUGAAUUCAUCUACCACAAACGCGCUACAAAAUCUGGAGGCGCGGAUAUCAGGCUGAUUGUGAUUGCAAGUGGCUUUGUGUUGGGUGAGGGAGUGAUCAGCGUGAUUUCGUUGGUGCUGAAGACGUACGGAGUGGGCGUGGCGAGUUGCUGGGGCUGUUCUGGGGGGAUAUGUGCUAGCUGCCCUGCAUAGGGUCGAAUUAGAUUUUGACACAGCGCGAAUGGACGCACGCGGUCCUAUUUUCUGUAGCUUUCGUAUUGCUUUGCGACGCUUGAAAUGCAUUGUUUUCGCAUUGAUGUUGGUGCCGGCCGAAAUGAAGAUGGGG